GUGGGCGGGAUAUGUACUUGCGGCAGCCAUUUUGUUGGCAACAAUGACGUCAUCAAGAGGUGUGGCAAGGACCAAUAAUGUGGUGUGUUACUACGCCUCUUGGGCUCACUAUAGACAAGGCCCGGCCAAGUACAGUCUGGAUGACAUCCCUGUGGACAAGUGCACGCACCUGAUCUACGCCUUCGCUACCUUGGACUCUCGGGACUUCGUGGCCAAGCAGCACGACAGGUGGCUGGACGAAGACCUUAAGAACUACAGGAAGUUCGUUCAGCUGAAGGAGAAAAAUCCACAUUUGAAGAUACUGCUUGCUCUCGGCGGCUGGAACGACUCACGAAGUACCAAAUACUCGCAGUUGGUAUCGGAUCCCAACAAGCGUAGCAAGUUCGUGAGUGAGGUGGUGAAGCUGGUACUCGAAUAUGGCUUUGACGGACUCGACCUCGACUGGGAGUACCCGGGGUAUGAGUGGAACCCCAACGAUAAGCAAGGAUUCACUUCAUGGCUGGUUGACCUGCGAAAAGCCUUCGACCCCCACGGCCUACUCCUGACGGCAGCCGUGAGCGCAGGGAAGAGCACCAUCGACCGAGGCUACGACAUCCCCAGAGUGGCCAAGCUCCUGGACAUGAUCAACCUAAUGUCCUAUGACUUCCACGGGUCUUGGGAGAACCGAGUGGCUCACCACGCCCCCCUAUACGCAGACCCGGAUCAGAACCCUGAACUGUGCGUGGACUUUGCCGUCAAUUAUUGGAUCAAGAAGGGCGCGCCUCCUCACAAGUUGAUCAUGGGUGUGCCAGCUUACGGAAGAACGUGGACGCUGGCGGGGUCUGACACGUCCUCAGGCGCGGCCGCGGCGGGAGCAGGGCGCGAGGGGCGGCACGUCAGGGAGAGAGGGAGUCUGCCCUUCUUCGAGUGCUGUCUGGCGGAGCAGGAAGGCUGGACGAAGAGGAGGACCCAAGCAGGACCUUACCUGACGAAGGGAAACCAGUGGGUGGGUUAUGACGACGUUCAAUCGGUGGUUCAGAAGGCUCAGUACGCGACGGACAUGGGCCUCGGCGGCGUCAUGAUGUGGGACAUCACCACAGACGACUUCGGGGAUGUCUGUGGUGAAGGCAAGAACCCCCUCCUGACGGCCAUGGUCAGGACACUCCAUGGCGACCCUCCCUCCGUCGGAUCCGUCUCUCAACAUAAGGGAAGACCUUCGUCAGGAGCCAAGCCUUCGCCAUCUUCGUUUAGGGAUCCUCGGCAAGGAGGGGUGUCCUUCGGUAGUCAGGGAAGUGGGAGUCCUGUCGCAGCGCCUACGGGAGGAAGUACGGCCCUCGAAGGAAGUGUUAUAAGCACAACUCCGGGCAUUGUUGGAGACGGCGAGACUGUUACGCAAGUUGCUUCUUCAGGACCUACGACCGAAUUGCCCUAUCCUUGGCUCGCAUGGCCAGUCUUCAGCAGGUCACCGCAAGACAUACAAAACUUCAAUUCCAUCUCGACCACAAAGUCACCCUUCCACUCUUCCAGAACUCCCUCUCCGCCUACCUCUCGAGCUCCUGCUUCUCCAGCCUUCACUUCCUUUACCUCCUCUCCCUCCUUUUCUUCAGCUCCUGGUUUCUCUCCUUCCCUCUCUUUAUCCCCCUCGAUCACUUGGUUCACAAACUGUCGUGACGAGGGCUUUGCGCCUGAUCCGGCCUCCUGCUCCUCCUUUUACAGAUGUACGGAAGAAUUUGCCUAUAAGUUCUCGUGUCCCGGAGGUCUUUUGUGGAACCAUGACCAGUCCUCGUGUGACUGGCCCAGGUCGGUCCAGUGUGUGUUGCCCUUGACCCAGCCUGACCUGCGACCUUUCCUGCCGCCUGAAAUUAUAUAGAGGCGGAACAACUUAGUAUUAAGCUUGAAUGUACCUGCACGCGCCCUCCCGGUGGUAUUCUGACGACACUACGAGAUAACGAAGCUAGCAUGCAUUUGCGAAAGUCAUUUGAUACUUAUGCAUUACAGUAUUUGCUGAUUGUAUGUAUGCCUUUUCCAUUGUAGGUUAACAGAUAUAUGAUAUUUCAUUCGUUACAUUACACUUAGACGCUUACCUUGGCCAUAUAUUGUAAAGUGAUAAAGCUUAACUUGCACAUUUACCAACGAUACGAUGGGUCAGUGACUCGUACCCUUUUAGCACAGCGCUUCCACAAGGGUCAUCCCCAACACUCCUUAACUUCGCAGUGAUAUGCACAAUCAAAAUCAUUUGUUCGCUAUGCUGAAAUCUUUAUGGCAAAACAAAGUAGUGCUGAGCUAACAAAAAGAAGAAUUUGAUUGUGUAUAAGUAGAGAAAAUUAUCCAAAAAUUAAAAGAAAGGAAGAAAAUAAAUAAUUCAUUUCCUGUGUGACUUUUAUUUUUUUUUCUGCUGACUUUAUAGAGUGUUUAGGAUGAUUAGUGAAGUGAAACCUCUAAGGAAAUCCAAAACAGAAUGAGGUGGAAACCUAAUGGUGCAUCGUAUGUUUUUUUUUUAAUACAUAUUUUGAUAGCAAACACAUAUACAUAGCUGUGAUCGAAGAUAUAUAACAAUAAAGAAGAUAACGAUUAGUUUUUUACAUCAAGUUACAAUGUAAGGAAAUUAGACAGACGAACACGGUCAUUGCGGAAUAAAGAGGAAAAUUAAACAUUAAUGAUGACACUCAUUCAGCGUAAGAAAUUUUUGUACAUUUGAAAGUGAAAUCAAAAAUCAAAAAGGCAAAACCGAAAUCAAAAUGCUUUUUGAUAGUUACACGAACCACAUAAUUAGUAUAUACAAUGAGGAGUUGAUUUAGUCUUUAAUAUCGAUAGAAUAUACAUGUAACAUUUCAUGGCAUGAGAAUCAAGGUUACAUAGGCACUCGUAUGUUGUUUGCUAAAGUCAG